GAGGAGAGGGAGACGCUGGAAAAAAGUUUUUGAUCUUUUUCUUUUUUCUCCCUCCAUCGCCUCCCCCUGUUCUAACCGAGUAACAUGGACCAGGGGCCCAAGAGUCCUGCGCUGCGGCUGGGAAGAGCAGGACAUGGUGGCGUGAACCAGCUUGGAGGUGUGUUUGUAAAUGGCAGACCCCUCCCAGAUGUAGUUCGCCAGCGAAUAGUAGAACUUGCCCAUCAGGGGGUUCGGCCGUGCGACAUCUCACGCCAGCUACGAGUCAGCCAUGGAUGUGUCAGCAAGAUACUGGGCAGGUACUAUGAAACGGGCAGUAUCCGUCCUGGGGUAAUUGGGGGAUCCAAACCAAAGGUUGCUACACCAAAAGUGGUCGACAAAAUCGCCGAUUACAAACGCCAAAACCCCACCAUGUUUGCCUGGGAGAUCCGGGACAGGCUCCUAGCAGAGAGAGUUUGUGACAACGACAGUGUUCCCAGCGUCAGCUCUAUUAACAGGAUCAUCCGGACUAAGGUUCAGCAGCAGCCUGGUCAAACGGGCUCAGUGUCGGCUCACAACCUAGCAACGUCCGUGCCAGCCACACAGGUCUCAGCAGUGACCAGCGACUCGGCCGGCUCCUCGUACUCCAUCAGCGGCAUUCUGGGUAUCAGCUCAGCUGCUGAUGUAGGCAAGAGGAAGAGGGAUGAAGGUUUGCAGGAGUCACCGCUGGCCAAUGGACACGGCCACAGUGGGCGGGACUUCCUCAGGAAGCAGAUGAGAGGGGAGCUAUUCUCGCCACAGCAGAUCGAGGUAUUGGACCGCCUCUUUGACAGACAGCCAUCCUGUCCAAUCCAGUCCAGCUCUGACCUCUAUGUGAGCCCUGAUUCUGGCAAGACAUCAGAUUAUUCAGCCAUGGCUUCAUUAGCAGGAGGACUGGAUGAGAUGAAGAACAGUUUGGCCAAUCCGGGCACAGGGGCAGAGUUAGGAGCCAGCGUCUCUGGUCCACAGUCCUACUCACUAGUUCCAGGUCGAGAUCUAGCCAGCACCACUCUGCCAGGCUACCCUCCUCAUGUCCCUCCUACUGGACAGGGCAGCUACUCCACCCCCUCCCUCACUGGAAUGGUACCUGGGGGAGAUUUUUCUGGAAGUCCAUAUUCCCAUCCGCAGUAUUCAACGUACAAUGAAUCAUGGAGAUUUCCUAACCCCAGCCUAUUAGUGUUUCAGCAGGAUUAUGGGUCUCUCCUGGGGACGGAAAUCGGCUGCUCCUCCAGUCUCUUCACCAGCCAGGCAGGACAGAUGCAAGGAUCGCCAUAUUAUUACAGUGCAACAUCACGAGGGGCAGGCCCUGCUGCCACCGCUACAGCCUCCACCUACGACCGCCACUGACACCCUUAUGUAGACACAGGAAGUCGCAGGGUGAGGAGGAGAAGGAGAUGAGGGAGGGAUGGAUAGCAUCGGAACCGCUCAGUACAAACUCGCCUACGCUUGGACUGCAAAGAGAAGAAUUCAAAUCUCUGACAUCGGUGAAGUUUGCAUUUUCUUUGAGUGACACUUAAACCAACGAAUACACUCCUGAGCUGCAGCACAAUACUGUUUGGGUAUACAAUACUGUGAGGACACAGGUAUGGCAAGGUCAAUAACUGAUUAUGUAAACAAGUAGAUUUUGGACAUUUGGACCCUCCCACACUAUCAAGCCUUCGUAUCCCUAUCUAGUUUUUAACCAGUCAUAAACCAAAAGUCAGCGGACUGUGUGUAGUAUUAAAACUAUCUGUAUUGUUACCUUCUGGGUUUUCCAGUUGGGAAUAUUUUUGAUGAAAUUAUUUAAGCUGAUCAGAGAAAAAUCAACUUUUUCAAACAGUAGGCUAUUUUUAUGACCGCACAUUAAUCAAUCAAUUUUCUAUGCCAUGCUACAGUGAAGUAAAGACAAUCCAAUCAUCCUAACUUUGACUGACCAAAAUCACCCAUAUCGUUACCAUUCUAUUCAUUCUGCCACAGAUUCAACACAUUUUCCUCUGGAACCCUCAGAAAUGUUCAUCAAAUGAGAUAACAUUAUUUCAAAGGGAGCGUUCAGGGUCACGCAUGUUCGCUGUGCCCUAUCCCGUUUGUUACUGUUAUAGUGGUCAAAAUUUCCAGUUCUGCAGAGUACACAUGCUCUGAAUUUCUAGUCAUUUUUAAAGCAGCAGAUUGCUUACGACAAACACAACUAUCACACAGCUGUCAACUAUCCAAUCCUUUUGUGUUACCAAUGCACUAUGCAGUAUGUAAGCUAGUGAGCAUUUGCAUCUCACCUCAUUUCUUCAUUCUUUACUUUUAGGAUUGGAAAAAGUUUAGAAGAUAAGACUCCUUAAAUGCUGUGUGUGAUUUCUACUGCUGCACCAUGCACACAGGUUCAGCAUGUAGAAAAAUCCAAAACUUGGCACGCCUAAAGAUAGUUAAUAAACCAUGACUGGAUGUUUGCUGUUCAGGGGUGGGGUUUUAGUAGUUGAAGUCAAGCAAGAAAACUGUGUCCUCACAUAGUGGAUGUAUUAAGAGGAGCUGGAUACUGGAUGUCAACGCCUACAGAUAAAUUCAUAACAGAACGAUUACGGGCCAACCUAUCAGAGGUAGAAACAUUAGUAGUCCUACAGAUGACUCUUUUGUAUUUUUCAGGAAAUUUUUGGCUGCAAUACUGAAUUUAACCAAUAGAAAAAUUGGAAGGACUGCUGAAUGACAUCGCUGCAUCCAAAAGCCUCAUUUAUAACAUGAAGUUACAUUUGUAAAAUCUUAAUUUAUAAGUCUGAACUGUCCAUGAUUUUCCUGCUAAUCAGAAUCAGAUUCACUGACAAAUUUGGAUUCUCUUUUAUUUUCUCUUAAUCUACUUAAGAGAGCUUGUCCUCAAAAAAGUUUUCUUUUCUGUUUUGGUCCUCGGUUAUUUCUGUUUAAACCCACAAUUCUGCCGAAAUUACAGGUGCCGUCAAUUUAGGUUGGUUUGAGAUUUAGAAACAAUGGUCGUCACAUAAUUAAACAAAAGUAAUUAACCAAUCUUUGAACAUAAUAAAAAUGUAUAAAUGAGGCCCCAGCUCUUUUAAUACAUCCAUUCACACUUGCAUUUGAGUUGGUUUGAAAGCCAGUGACCAAGACAUAGAGAGACCUUUCAGGAAAGCACAGCCUAAAAUCUGAGCCCACUACUGUAAAACAAACAGUACUCAUCUUCACAUCGGACCAAAAUCAGUUCCAUCAGGUUGUGUUACAGUACAGGACGGUGGUAUCCUACCUCCCCAGACAAGAUUUAGUCCUGAUCAAGAGCUAUUUAUAAUGGAGGAGACACAGAGUAAUAUAUUAAGAAGCUUUUCUGUGCUGCACUCCGUGAUGAGAGUGAAUGCCUGUAAUGAUUUAUAAUAGUGUCACGCUGUUGUGCUAGAAUAGUGACGAUGACGACGGCGAUGAUGCAGUGAAAUAUGAAUUCUGAAAAAACUUUCAAUAUAAGAAGUCUUUGUUUAUAAGUGUGAUCAGAUUGCGAUUUUCCUGUUUAUAGUUUGUUGCCUGGUAUCAGUUGACAAAGGUGCCACUUAAUAAGUUUUUUGUGUUUUUAUUUUGCUUCCUAAGUGUCCAAACGAAGGUUGGUGCUAGACUGGAUCAGACCCAAUGUGAGGAGUAUCCCUCCUGUUGCUGAUCCAGUCGAGCAUCAGCCAAAGACCAACAGGAAGCAGUGGCACCCUCUCUUUCUAUCUCUGUCUUUAAACUCCCCAAAGAUGUGCCCCCCUAGUGGAUCGGCUGACUUCUUACAAAAGCACAAAGAGACUCAAUCAUCUUCUUAAGGUGACAUUCUACUUUUUCAGCUUCCUUUCAGAACCAUUAAGUACUUCUUCUGCUUUUCCCCGUUUUGAGUAUGUGUCAAAACAUGUGCUUGUUUAAAAUCCUGAAAUUGUUUCUAUAAAAGUACUGCUUUCGUGAAAAAAAAGUAAAUCUGAUUAUUAUUAUUUUUUCGUUUGUUUGUCUGCCACAUCAGUUCUGCGCUGCGACAAUGCAUGACACCAGGGUUGAGGCCUUACCCAUCUCGUACAGACAGACAAGGACAGAUUCGCCCCUCAGCACAGAUCUGAAAUCAGUGUGUUUUCCCUUCCCAAAUGUCUCUGAGGGGCCGAUAUAUUGAUCUUGUGAGAGGGCAAUAUCUUCCUUAGCCUGUACCUUUUUCAGUUUCAAUUCUGUCCUCACCAGACUUGUACAGUAAUCAGCGAAAGAGAAGUCACAAUGUCAAUAGCGAUUUCAGUUAUUCACACUGAAGUUAGAUUUUAGUGUCGAAGCUUUCUUCUAUUAUAAAAAGACUUAAGGUGUGCGGUGUUGUUUUUGGCCAUCAUCUGCGAGUACUUGGAUUACUUUUUUGUUUUGGGUAUGUGUGGCUGAGUGUAGCACUUCAUUGCUACUGUGUAGAGUCUACUAACAAACAGAUUGAAGGCACCAAAUCUGCAGUGUGAGGCAUAAUAUAUAGCUCUAUAAACAUACAAUAACUAUAAACCCUGAACAAAGCUGUUAGUUUCUCAAUAUUUGUUGUUUCUGGGAUUUUUUGAAAUAGUAAUAGAGUGGAUCCUUUCACAUUUGUAGACCUUAAAAGUUGUGAAUACACAACUCUAAAGAAAGAUUCUUAUGACGGCUCACCUGCUGUGUUGCCAGCGUGCGCCUCAGCGGGAGCCUUUCCUUAUUUCUGUCUUUUUCUCUUGAUCCUUCUGAGGCAUUAUUGAACCUGAACCACACCAGCUGAAAACAAGGACAGUGCCUUUAGUUUUAUAUGUCAACAUCCCCCUGACCUACUAUGAGUCACUAAAACUAGAUUCAGUUUCCCUCCCUGCAACACAUUUAACAGAAGUCUUAUUAUUUACCCAGGCAAACACAGGGUUUGAAGAUUUUUCAAAGCCUUUUACAAAUAAAUAAAGGUGAUUAAAGUACCAAUAACUCACAGUGAUUCUUACAAUGGAACAACAGUGUCAUCGAAGCUCUGACAGCUGAUCUAACAGCACCCACAUUAGUCAAUAAAUCUCCCCGAAUGUGGAUUUUUCAGUCAUAAAACCCGGAGGAAAAAAAGAUGUUGUUAAGCAGCUACAGCAAUGAAAAGCAGAAAAUAGUCCUGGUUGUAUUAAAGUCAGUGAUUGAUUCCUCACUCAUCAGCUGUAGUGACAGUGCCAGGGCCAUACGAUUUCUAUCCAAGCGACUCAGCUGAGACUAAACCUCUGGUGACACCAAGACAUGUCUUUUUUCGUUGGGUUGAUUUUUGUGUGGCAGUACAGUAGGUCAUCUCAUGGAAGAUUGUUUCCACCGCUGAAUUUAUUUUAUUUAUAUUUUCCCCAUCUGUAGCUCUAAAUUCUAUGAUAUUAUUUCAAAAUUCUUAGUUAUCUUUAGAUAACAAUCCCAAAUUUUGACAUAGCACAACAAAAUACACGAAUUAAUUAAAUUAAAAAUUCACUGUUUGAAAAAAAAACAAAAUUUUUUUGGCUGGUUUUGUUUUUGAACACUCACAUUUAUCAUAUGGAUUUGCAGGGAUGACCACCACGUAGAAAGACUCCAUAAGGUUUUGGGGUUUUUUUUUUUUUCAUUUUUGAUAAAGCUCCUAAGAUGAUCACGUUUUCAGUGGGUGGUAGUGUCUGUGUGGGAACAUUGACCAUAAAGAAAUGGGUCAGCAAAGUCACAGGACACAACUCCAGUUCUACGAGUAUAUGCAGAACCUGCUAAUGGGCUAAAAACCUGCUUACAGAGCCAAUCACCCAGGCCUAGACAAGUUAGUGACAUCCUGGCAACCACCCGUCGCUAGGGAAAAUGAGUAUCACCCCCAAUGAGUUGUGAGUGGUUGCAAAAGGUUGCUGAGAAAUCAGCUGCUGAAGCCUCAGUCACAUAGGUCUGGAGACUGGUGACACUGGUAACCACUGGUAACUACGAAAAAAUUGUGUUCCCUGACCAGUUUGCAAGUGGUUGCAGGAGGAUGCUUGCUAUCAAAAGGUGAAGGCUCUCCAUUGCUCCAUGCUCUCCAUUUCCGUUUUGGAUCACACUUACUACUGGUUUCACUACUGGUUGAUGAGUGUUUGCAGCAAGACGGCAUCUUCCAUGAAAACAACGGCAACCGUUAAACUGCUAUUAACCAAACCAAUCUCAAGGAGGUUUUUUUGGUUGCAGCGGGACAGUGAGAUAUUUUUUCCAACUUUAGGAUCAUUAAAAGAUAUCCGAACAUCAACCAAGUGCAUAAUAUUUGCAUAUUUCUGAAAUGGGUGACUGAAAAGCUCAAAUUCUGGGAGAUAUCCAUAACAUAGAUCA